ACAAAAGCAUCGUCAAAAGUAAACCAAAACUAGAGAGCAGACCCUAGUCCAGUUAUGGCUAACCGGCCGAGAGAAUCAGAUCCCAGCAGCCACGGUUCAUCGUUAGCUUCACCUCUUCUGGUUCCAUCCAAAGAGGAAUCCGGGCUCGGAUCCGAACCCAAGAAGCUUUGCAUAGACGAUAUGUUGCAGGCCUACUGCGGCGAGUUCGGGCACUGGCAACGGAAACAUUUCGUGUUAACGAGCCUGGCGUGGGCCUUGGAAGCUUUCCAUACCAUGGUGAUGAUAUUUGCCGACCGGGAACCUGGCUCGUGCGUGGGAGGUUCGGAGUCGGGGUGUAACGAGAAGGUGGCCAGUGUUUGUGGGCUGGAACCAGGUUCGUGGGAAUGGGAAGGCGGCUCGGGAAGCUCAACGGUGGCUCAGUGGGGGCUGGUCUGUGGGGAGAAGUAUAAGGUCGGGCUUGUCCAGGCCUUGUUUUUUGGCGGCUGCAUGAUUGGUGCUGGUGUAUUUGGUCAUCUAUCAGACUCCAAACUGGGAAGAAAAGGUUCCUUAACAGCAGUUUGCAUCUUAAAUGCAUUUGGUUGCCUUACAUCGUUAGCCCCGGACUACGUUACGUAUCUCCUGCUCCGGUUCUUAACGGGAUUCAGCACCGGAGGCGUUGGCCUAUGUGCCUUUGUCCUUGCCACCGAACCCGUCGGUCCAUCGAGACGCGGCAUUGCUGGAAUGUCGACGUUCUAUCUCUUUUCGGGAGGAAUCGCAUUACUCUCCGGCAUAGCUUACGUUUUCCCUACAUGGCGUGCUCUUUAUGUUGCAUCCUCUGUUCCAUCUAUCUUGUUCCUUGUCCUGGUGAUUCCCUUCAUCUCCGAGUCCCCUCGGUGGUAUCUCGUUCGCGGGAGAACGAACGAAGCAAUGAAAAUCAUGCGUACCAUAGCCAAGUCCAAUGGACAUCACCUCCCUGAUGGGGUCAUUGCCCUGGAUGAUGAAGCUAAUGAUGCUUCAAGUGGGAAUCAGAGUUGGAAAUCAGCAGCAGUAGAAAAAGAAGCAAUCAGUGGUUCCGUUAUAGACGUGAUCCGGUCACCGGUCACUCGCAUUCGACUCUUCCUAGCAGUGGGAAUCAAUUUCACAUGCUCUGUUGUGUACUACGGCCUUAGCUUAAACGUCGUCAACCUCGGGACGAACCUUUACCUCACCGUCCUCGUCAAUGCCGUUGCCGAAAUGCCAGCAUUCGCCAUAACAGCGGUUCUACUCGACAGAUUCGGAAGGAAGCCAUUGGCGAUCGGAACACAAUGGUUUAGUGCAAUGUUCUGCUUCAUGGGGAGCAUGAUGGGGGGUGUAGGAAUAUGGAAAGUAACAAGAGUGUGUUGUGGUAUACUCGGGAUAUUCGGCAUGGCGGGUACAUACAAUUUGUUGUUCAUCUACACGGCCGAGCUCUUCCCUACGGUGGUGAGAAACGUGGCACUCGGAUGUGCAACCCAGGCAGCACAAAUGGGAGCUAUAUUGGCACCGUUUGUGGUGGUUUUGGGCGGCGGUUUUCCAUUCAUGGUGUUCGGGGUGUGUGGAUUGAUUGGAGGAAUGCUUGCAUAUUACUUGCCGGAGACACUAAACAAGCCGUUGUAUGACACAAUGACAGGAUUGGAAGAGGGGGAACUUGCUUGAAACUUGAAAUUUGAAACACCUUUUGUCAAAUUUCGUCGUAUGGCAGCUUCAUUUCAACAUCGGGACAUUUAAAGAU